AGGCGGUAUUCCGCCACACAGCAGUGCGGGUGUGUGAUGGUGACGUUGCAGUUGCGGUCGCACUGAUGUAUGAGGGUGGAUGGUUCGGGGGAAGUGUCGCCUCGCACUGUGGACUUUGCCGCUUGUCCUGUCAUAGAACGUGGCGUGUCCUCCAUGAGCAGUCUUCAGCGGGUGAGGAGAGCCCGGAGAGGUUGCAUGUGAUCAGCACAGGGCCAAUCAGCACUGUCCAAACAAAGGGUCAGAGGACUUACAGCCUUAUAGGGCAGCCAAAGAAGAAUAGAAACUUCUCUUACAAGCUUUAACCAGACACUGAUAGAAGUCGCAAGACUACUAUAAACUGCUCAUGAGAAAAGUUGAUAGCGGUUUCCUUACAGACGCAAGAAGAAGAAAAAUUUGCCCUGCAAGCAUAGGGACAAUCUACAGCCAUUAUGCCACAUUGAAGUAGUCACCCACUUGACUUGGAAGAGUGUGACCACAAUGUGGAGGAGCCUAAUACUCUUCUGCUGUGCGAUCCUGUGCCUAUCUGAAGGAAGGUUUAAUACAUUAUCACAUCAUGAGAUAAGACUGCUACCACCUCAGCAGUGUCAAAAACAGUGUUUGCUUCAUGUAGAUUCAGAGGACAUUGACAAUUGUUCCAGGCUACCAGUACACCGAUACUGGUGUGUCCUAAGGCAUUGCUUCCAUGUGUGCAGGGAAACUGAAGUAAAGCAUAUCAAAGUGGAACCUUUUGAUGCAAAUCAUAUUAAGAAGAGGAGAAAAAGGAAUGCUUCUGAAUCUAGAAGGGUCAGGAGAAAAAGGAGAAAGACUGUAGCUAUAACAACAACUACAACAUUUACAAACAAUGGGAGUACUACAAAAUCCAAGCUGGAGCCAACAACUGAACCAAUUAAAGAAGUCCGUGAAACCACUACAACUACCACCACCACAACAGAUGCAGCUACUACCAGCACUCCAUUGACAACAGAAAGUAUGCGUUCAGCUACUACCAGUACAAAUUCAGUACCUAUAGUCAAUACAACAUCUGCAGCUCUGACAACAAUCGGAACAAAUUCAGUGACUCCUAAUAUAACAAUCGCUUCGACCACACCCUACAAUGCAACAAUUCAACCUGAUAACGAACUUACAACAACAACAACAAAUAUUGCUGACACUCCACCAGCUCCUCAUGUUGCCAAAAAUAUCACUCCAUUACCGUCCACCCAUGCAGAUUCCACAAGUACAACACUAUUGACAAACACAGCAGCAAAAACCAUUAGGCCAGAGACAACCAGGCAAAGAGACCCAACGUCAACCGUCACCGAGACAACUGUAAUUACAACUUCUUCUGCACAGACAUUGCUAACCAUAGUGGUCCCCACAGCCGUUUCACCAACAACUAAAACUACUACUGCAGUUCCCAGUACGAUUUCAACAACCUCCUUGCCAUCAACAACACCAGUUUUUGAUUCACCUGCCACAAUAACUCUAUACCUUACACAUGCUGUUUCUCCAAAUUUGACGAGCCCUACCAAAUUAGCCAGACCGAGCACGCCAGAGGUGCCAAAAAUGCAAAACACUUCUAAAACUACAUCUGCAAGUAUUUCAGAUGCUGCAUCAUCAGCCAGCAUGAUGUCCACUACAAGUAAAUUGUUCAGACCAGUCUCUUCGGAGCAUACGUCAGUUGUAUUUACAAAAUCUGUUCAGGUAGCAGACCAAGCGGACGAUGAGGAUGGUGUGUUUAUUGUUGCAGAAGGGGUUGCAAAGCAAAUCCAGAAUACCAGCAUUUUGCUAGCAGUGCUAAUGCUUGGAAUUAUGUUUUUUCUAGCUGCUAUAGUACUACUUGUAGUACAGGCGUAUGAAAGCUACAAGAAGAAGGACUAUACUCAAGUAGAUUAUUUAAUAAAUGGAAUGUAUGCUGAAUCAGAAAUGUAAGUGGACUUGCAAAGGGCUUGGUCUAAAGUUAUACUUUGUGCAGAGGACACUUUAUUUUUUAUUUUUUAUUUUUACCGGCCUUUAAAACCAACAGUGCAUUUGUGUAGGAGCUUUGUUGUUCCAUAUUUAACUUAAUUCAGUUCUGGAACACUGAGUCAGAGUCAAAGUCAGGAGCCAGCAAAAUAGUCGGUUGCCUUGGUGACCAGUAUUAGCCAGCCCAAUUUUGACCCACAGUAAAGUGUAUGUGUAAAAGUUUCAGUAAAACGGGGCCAAAGAAAUCCCUGUAACAAACUCUUUGUGUUCAGACAAUAACCCAUAAACACACUUUUUUGUGGCACAAAUAUACAUCAUACUGACCCAUAUUCACACACAAGACCCUAGGCUACUGAGACACACACAUGAUCUUCCCAGAAAUUUGUAAUGGUCGGGUAGGCAAAAAUACUUUUUCUUUUUAAAUACAAGAAUUACUAAAUACAAGACACCUGCAGUAAAAUGAUCUCUCUUUUUUAAUACACAUAUUGGAGCCCAUCCUUUUUAUAGUGCAGGCUUAAAACUACCUGAUAUCUGUGUACCUUGGCACACUGGGGAUUGGUAGUCAUACAUAGAACGAGACAGAAUAGGAUAGUUGGAAAAAGACUGAGCCAACGAGCAAGAGAGCUAGCAAAACUACUAUAGAGUCAGACCAACAGAGAACAUGAAGGACUUUUAGAAAGAGAACCAUAUUUUGUUAAAAACCUCUAGAAAUAGAGCCAGAGCAAAUGGGAAACCAUCAGAGAGAGAUCACCAGAAAGUGUCAGAGAGGGCAUAAGGGACUGCCAGGAAGAGAGAGAGAGUCCAGAUAAUGAUGUACCAGCUGGGUGGGAUUAAACUGUCCAUAUUUAUUGCUAACAGGAAGUGCCCAGAUAAAGUGACUGAUAUUAGAUAUUUACUGACUAAAAUGUAUCCAGGUCUGGCAGAAUAAUUAUAUGAGGAGCCCUUGUAUAAUGUUUUUAUAGCGAUAUGUAAGCCACAAACACAUAGAACAGGGUUAGGGGUAACAGCUUAGUUCAUAGUGCGUGACGUAUAUAAUGUGCGUGACACAUUAGCUCAUAGUGCGUGACGUAUAUAAUGUUCGGUAGGGGGAGCCAUUUCUCCCCCCCCACACUUAAAAAAAAAAAAAAAACGUACACACCAGUUGAAGUUGAAAUGGAUCUGAAGCAAGAUAGACAAUACACAAAACAAAACAUUUUAAAAAGAAGCGUGAAAGCCCUAAUUUGUAUGAGGAUUUGAAAGUGAUAGUUCCUGUAAGGAAACACACAAACAUUGUGCAACUGAAUCGAUUUUGCAUUAGGAAGUGGUUGAAAUUUUUGAUAUAAAAAGCACACAAAAACACUGGUGGCCAUUUUGAAACUGGUGUGCAAAACAAUUACAAAAAGUAAGAGGAACAUCAGAUCCCAAGGCCUAGGGUUUACUUUCUUUACCAUUUAUUGGUCAAUAUUUUGUUAAAUGAUUAAAAAUGCAAAUAUUUUCACCACCAUGCUUCAGUUAUGAGGCUGUUCUCCUGAAAGGCUGUAUUUAGUUU